AUGAAGACACCCAAAAUAAGAAACUAUAGCAAUAACAGAGAGUAGCAAUAAUCCAAGGGACAUCAUUAGCAAUUUUCGCUGCCUAAAAUAAAAGAGUUUAAGCCUAGACGUAACUUUUAAGCAAGGUCACUUAAUAAAUAUGAUAGCAAGCAAAAUUCUCAGUCUUAUCUGGGAGGCUAGCAAGAUGAAUCAGAUUAGAGGUAUCAGAACUAAGGCUCAAAUAAUGAAAACAAGAUGAAUAGAUCGCUGGCUGAGCAGUCUCCUCUGAAUCGAAUCGAGGGCUCAAAUCAUCUUCGAAGAAACAAUCUCAACUUUACAUAAAUAGCAGACGUCAAUCAUGCUACUAACUCUCAAUCUAGCUUUUCAGGUCAAACUCCUAAAGCUGGUGAUACGUCCUCUAAAACUAACUUCAACACUAUAAGUGGCAGUGGCUAGACUCACCACAAUCAGAAUUUGUUUUAUGGAUUGUCGCCAAAAUAAUUUAUAGAAGAGAUUGAGAAAUAGCUAAAUACAAAAGAAGCCUAGGCGCUGUUAAAGAAGUAAAAGUUAAAAGAAGAUAGAAUGAAGAAUCGAAGUAAGAUGGGUGGAGGCAGAGAAAGUGCUCUCUCUGUGGUUACCUCCUAGUCUUACUAUCUUAAAGAUGAGUACUUGACUGGAGAAAAAUCAAAAAUGAGGAAGUAGAACCAGGCUAGUGCUUAAUCUACUCACAUUACUCCUACAGUCAAAAUCAAGGGAGUAGGCUUUGAAUAAACGCCUUAUUAGAAACUACUAUAGCAAGAAAAUAGUCAGUCUCCUUCUUAGAGAAAGGACUAUCAAUCAGGAAUUUUUUUACUGAUGGCCAGUGCUAAGAAAAGGAAAGAACAGAGAAUUUAUCAAAAGUUGGAGUCAAACUUGAAAACCUUUGUUGAUGGCAGGCAAUCAAUAAAAGAUCAAGAUAACUAGUACGAGUUGAAACUCAAGGGCAUUCUAGAGUAGGAUGAGUACUAUAAGAAACGAAUUGAUGAACUAUCUUAGAGCGUGAAUGUUAAGGAGUUAAAGGAGGUACUCAAGGAACUUGGUGAUAUGAACUUGCAGCAACAUAAGCAAAUGCUGCCAAACAUAGAGAGCGGUAAAAGAUUCUAUCUUUCCUAUGCUAAACUCAACCUCAGACCAUCAGAGUUAUGA